GGUCCAUACCUUAUAACAGUCGUAUGGAACUAUAUCUGGAUAAUGUUAGCGACAAAAUAGUUUAUCUUACGCCAUCUCUCAGUGCAUAGUUAUUUAUGAUUCCUUAAGUUGAAAUUCGUAUUUAUUUUAAAUGCUUAGAUGCCAUUAAUCGAGCGACCGCGAGCCAAUGAACAUUACACCGACUAGAAUGGAGUUUACCAAUAGCCUACAAAACAUAGUAAUAUAAGUUGUGCUAAUCUUGUUGGAACAAAACAAAAGCCGUUUAUCAAUUAGAAUUGUACGCCAUUAUCCUUAUCAACUCGUAAUUGAUAUCAAACAAACAUAUCGGUAAGUCAAACAAUAAAUACAAUUAUUGUGUCCCUCGGAAGCACACAUCAUGUGAAAUCAGACGUUGCAACAGUGAUAGACAGUCGUGCUUAAACGCUUUCGUACAAUGGUAUAAAAUUAAAAAAAUACCGGUACUUCCAAAUGUCCAAAAUGGGUGAUCAAAAGCAAAAAGCGGAUGUCAUUGAAGAGAAGCCGCUGAAUAAAGAGAAACCGCCAAUUAAAGAUGUGCCGCAAUACAACAAAAAGAGUUUUGGAGAGAAACUACACUACAUGCGAAACAACAUAACAGUGGAACCGUUGCUAGCUGGCCUGAUCAUCCCGAGUGUCAUAUCAAGAUUUGCGAUGUCCAAUUUGAAUCUAGAUAAAGCUUGCAGAGUGAAUUUGCAAAUUGAAGCCGAUAUCUGUGAUUCCUUAAUAAAAAAAUCUAACAACAACUUUUCUGAAUACGAGAAACAAGUGCAGGAGCUAAUAUCGUCGAUCGACAUUUGGAAGGGAGUGAUUCAAACAGCGUUACCUUGUAUAAUAAUAAUGUUCCUCGGUGCAUGGAGUGACAGAACUGGAAAGAGAAAACUGUGUAUAUUGUUACCUAUUUAUGGAGAGAUUCUAACAUCUAUAAACAACCUGAUUAAUGUGUACUUUUUCUAUGAGAUACCAGUGGAGAUUACUGUGUUUCUAGAGACGUUCUUUCCAGCCGUCACAGGAGGCUGGGUUACAAUGUUUCUAGGUGUUUUCAGUUAUAUAUCAGAUAUCACAUCAGAAGAAUCUAGAACAUUCAGAGUCGGUGUUGUUAAUUUCUGUUUCACUGCUGGUCUUCCUGUGGGAAUUGGCUUGGGUGGAAUAUUGGUGCUGAAGAUGGGAUAUUAUGGAAUAUUUUCGUUGACCUUUGGCAUGUUCCUCCUCGUUUUACUAUAUGGAAGCCUCGGUUUAAAGGAACCAGAUGAUUGGCGUCAGGCCAAAGGAUUGCCAGCGAUUCAACGAGACCAAACUACCAAGGUGUCAUUCUUUAACGUGUCGCACGUGACCGAGACAGUCUUGGUGGCGUACAGAAAACGACCCAAUAACAAAAGGAUGAAAGUUAUAUUAACAUUAUUCUGCGUAUUUAUUUUAUACGGACCCACCUCGUCGGAGCACACGGUGUUUUAUCUGUUCCUGAGGAACCGACUCAACUGGGACAUGGUGAAGUUCAGCGUGUACUUUAGUUACUCCAUCAUUCUACAUUUAUUCGGUGCAAUGUUCGCGAUAACGAUACUGAGCAAGAAAAUGCAGAUAGACGAUUCGCUCCUGUGCCUUAUUUCUGUCACCAGCAAGUUUGUUGGCUCGAUGUGGACCGCCUUCAUCAAGACUGAUAUCGAAAUGUAUUUAGUGCCCCUCGUUGAGCUCCUGAACGCAUGUACUUUCACGUCAUUGCGAUCGAUAGUAUCAAAAGUGGUGGAAAGUCAGGAGACCGCUAAAGUUAACUCAAUGUUUUCCUUAACGGAAACGUUGGCGGCGCUGGUGUUCCACCCGUUCUACUCUUGGUUAUACAUGAAGACCCUGCACACGCUGUCUGGAGCCGUAUUCCUCACCAGUGCAGCACUCACCAUACCAGCGUCAGUCAUACUUAUAAUCUUCUUUAUUCAACACAGAAAGGAGGUAAAGAGCAUACGAAAGAAAGCGUUAGAAGCAGAAGAGAAAAAGGAUGCUAAGGAAACAGAAAUGAAGAAUACAGAACCGCCUAUAUUAUGCACGAGUACCACGUCAGAAGUGAUCAAACAUGAAGUUACUAGAUGUUAAUUAUUAAAGUUUAUUUAUAAGUAGAUUAGGCCAUUCAUGUUACGUUCUUUCAUUCUUGGAUAUGGAUCAAGUUGUAUUGCGAUGGAAUUCUAAGCAAAAUUCUAUUAAUCUUCUUAACUAUUUCUUUUCAAUGCUCAAUGGUACAUGUAUGGCCUGUUUAAAAUUAAAUUGUUAUUAUAUUAAUCAGAGAUAGGAAUAAUAUUAAAUUCGUCUCGAAUACCUGUGGACGUCACCCGUGAUUUAUAAACAUGCCAAUAAUAAAUGUUUUAGGCACGUGCAAUGGUGUAUCAUUAAUAUUAGAAAAUAGUGGCGAAGGGUCCAUAUAACCCGAUUCCUACCGGCUUCCCUUUCGUAUUUUUUUUUUAAAUCUAUUUAACAUUACGAUUUGCAGACCGCAGUAAUGCAUAUUAGUACCUAAAUUAUGUUGUGUCGGGUUCCGUUUGGGAAAAUUUGACCCUUCGCUAUCCAUAGAGAUUUUUGUUUUUUGGUUUGGUUUACUCCUUAAGAAGAAGGCAAAGGCUCUCAGCCAUACAGCCUAGUCUGUCUUUUCUUUUAUACUUCUUUAUAACAAUAUAAAGGGCGGUUUCAUAUCUGUAAUAUUCUUGAAUUAUAAGACCAAAGACAUGUCUGCAACGUUCUCAAUUAUAAGGCUGAAGCCUAUCCAUAGAGAUACUUCCAUAAGUCAACAUCUUAAAAAGAGUAUUUACCAGUGUAUGACUCUCAGUCGAAUAAAGAUAUUUUUUACGCGAUGCGGUCUGUUUUUGAAAGUUGGCGAAGACUAGUGACAUUUGUAGGACACGAGGCCCGUGAAUUUUGAAGUGGCUACAAAUAACAUUUUGUACAAAUUUUUGUUUUAAAGAUAUAUAAAUAUAUCAUGUAACUAUAAAAUUUGUUUUAAAAUUGUAUUGAGCUAUAAUAAGAAAUCUAUAUAUUAUAUUAGUUUGCAUCCGAAGCAAUUUACUUAAAGCAAAAAUUUGAUACAGGUUUUUUUUAGUACACACUGCCUGAAAAACCGCGAUUGCUGUAAUGAUUUUGUUUCUAAUUAAAAAAUUGGGCAUUUUUUAUCUUAUCUUACUUCCUAAUUGUGAAUGUUUGUGAAAAAGUUUGGAUGAUUAUUAGAAGCAAACAAGCUGAAUGGAUUUAUAUGAAAUUUGGCACAAGGACAAACCAAAACCUCGAUUAACAUAUAGGCUUUUCAGUUUUCAUCCAGGUAAUUUACUCCCGUGGGAAAUACCUAAAAAUUUAAUCUAUUUUUUUUUAAGUAGAUGGCGCUGGCGUCGUAUAGAAUCUACUACGGAUCACUACUGUGAUUGAGAGAUUUUUAUAUCGGUUAUAAGGCUUUUCACGUAGGCAACACUAAGCAAUUAAAUUCUUUAACCUCCGCAUAUUAAGAUAUUGACUCAUGGGACAACUCGUUGAGAAUUUAAUAUGUGAGAAUUUAAAUGUAAAUACUUUCGUUACGUUAUUAUCAAAAUCAUGUUCUCUUAAAUUUUCUUAUGUUUUAUAAUAUUUUCUUACAAUUUAGAUUCAAUUAGAAUCAGCAAUUAAAAUUCAAUAACUAAACGGAUUGUGAUACGUAUUUUUAUCUUUAAUGUAUAUAUAGAUCACUACAAAAGUAUACAUGUAGGUAUGUGCUGAUAUUUCAAUCGCUAGAUAACUUAUCCGACGAAUAACAUUGACAGAUUCUCUUUACAAAAUAUAUAAAAAAUACAGUUUUGCGACGGAUAGGAAACAUUUAACGAUAAAAAUUGAUUAAGAACCUGUUACUCAUCUUCUGAGUGCUUCUCGUCACAUGUAUAAGCCGACCAAAUUCAACAGUCAUACUCUAACCUAUGCUUGCAAAUAAAUUGUAGUUAAAUUAGUACUAUCUAGCUGUUUAAUGCGAUAACUGUCAAAUAAAAUGUACUUGAAAGUUGUGAAACAGGCCCAAACAAUCAUUAAAUAAAAGUUAUUGACAUAAGUAAAUGCCAUGAAAAAACAACCAUGUAAAAGAACAAUAACUGAUCCCUUGAUAAACAUAAUUUAUUUUAUGCGUAACUUUUGUCUAAUUGUUGUAGCUCAUGUUGUGGUUGCAUAUAAUCAGAGUUGCAAUAAUUUAUUGUUUGUAAUGCAUGUGUGAUAUAUUUGUAAAUUAUCAUUGUAAACUCAGUUUGCAAUCCUAAAUAAAUAAAUAAAUAAUUUUGGCAAAAUAAGCUUUAAACAUGCUAAUUAAUUUUGCAUUCUGUGUCGCACAUAUAAAAUACGUUGAAUAUAUACCUUCUAAAAA